CAUCGUUACCUUGUAUAAAACUCCCAAACGCUCCAGAGAGGAGAGAGCUCUUGAGCCAGCUGCGUCCUGCCUGUCCUGCUUUGUAUUACAGCGACUAUUCAGCACACACACUACUGACAUUCACUAAUUGUGCCAAGUACUCGGUAACCUUCCAGUUCCUCAGUCCUGCGACAGGGAGGAGGGAUGAUGGGCUGGUUGGAAACACUCACUUUACUCUGUUAAUCUCCCCAGUCUCCGGCCAGCCGGGCUCAGGUGCGACACAUGCAGAAGGAUUGUAGAGGAGGCUGCAGCAGCAACAUGGAUUUUUGGCGACAACAUUACAGAACCCUCGAGUGCAAUACUUCAUGCACCUGCCCCCUGCACACCUGAACUCACCCACAACUACCGGCCAACAAACCUGAGGAGGAGACGGGAGAAUCCCAGUACCACCGGGACAGAGACAGAAUACUGACAGAAUCUCUGGACAGGACUAUUUCAUUGGAAUAAACAAGUUAAUCUUUGGUUUCAUUUCUCUGGCCACGUCUGCAGUUUGUCAGUCCUAGAAAUCUACUCCUGCUGGCUGGAUUUGUUCCAUCAUUCGCUUGUUAUUCUCAGCUCUAGGCUUGAUUUGCGGAGCUGAGUUUUAAUUCCUAUCCCUUUGGAAUAGUGCCUUCUGCCCCCGCACUGAUCCUCUCUGGAUGGAAGAUAAGGACGAGCUGUCCAGGCUCCGCGCCCUCUUCCAGACUUUUGACUCCAAACGCAGCGGGCGCCUGGAUAAGGCGGAGUUCUCUGCGCUGUGUGCGGAGCUUAAGGUGAGCCCCGCGGAGGCAGAGGAUAUAUUUGCUCGUCUGGACAGCGACAAGGACAGCUGCAUCACCUUUCAGGAUUUUGCCAUGGGCUUCCGAGGAGCCAGAGGAUUAAAUAUCCCCGAAGGAAAAAAGGACUCUGAACAAGGGGAAUCUCCAAAGAGUCCAGGCACCCCAGAGAAAGAGAAACCCGAGGAAACCUUCAGCCCAGCUUGGGAAGACUUCCAGCGCAGACUAGGGGAAGAAGCCACCUAUAUCCCAAGACGUGAACAAGCCACUGUCCUUUACCAGAACAUUCACAUACUGGAACCUCUGUUAAUCCAGCAAUAUGAACACGUUAUUAGAAAUUUUGUACGGGAGAUACGACUUCAGAGCACAGAAAUGGAAAACUUGGCCAUAGCAGUGAAAAGGGCACAGGAUAAAGCAGCAAUUCAGCUGAGUGAGUUAGAAGAGGAGAUGGAUCAGCGGAUUCAGGCUGUAGAGAAGAGAGUAAAGAAAGAGGAAAAAAGGAAAGCCGAGGAGGCUCUUAAUGACCUGAAGCGCCAGCAUGAGUCUGAAGUUGCUGAACUCCAAGUCACAAUAAAGAAGCUAAAAAAGCUAGAAGAACAAUCAAAGAACAUAAAUUUGAAGGAAGAUGUGGCUGUGUUACGAAGGCGAUUGCAUGAUUUGACAAUGGAGAAUCAGAAGCUUAGAAAGGAUCUGCUGGAGGCACAGACAAGUAUUUCCUUUCUCCAGAGUGAGUUAGAUGCACUAAAAAGUGACUAUGCAGAUCAGACCCUGAGCUCUGAAAGAGACAUGGACAUUAUCAGGGGGUACACAGAUGAACGAGAUAACUUGGCAAGACAAAUAGAAAUAUUACAAACAGCAAAUCGAAAGCUGCAUGACAGUAAUGAUGGGUUGAGAAAUGCCCUGGAGAACAGCUUGAUCAAGUACAAUAGAUCAUUGCGUACAAUUAAUACAUCUCCUGGAAGCACAAUUUCCCGAAACAGCCCAAAACUUAAUAGGUGCACUUCUCCAUAUGACAGGUCUCCUCGCUCGUCAUACUUAGAUGAAGACUAUGAUUCUUUAGCAGUGUGUGAUCCCAUGCAGAGAAUGAACGGUGAAGUUGACAGCUUGCCUGAGAGCUGCUUAGACAGUGGUUUAUCCACUCUGAGAGACUCCAAUGAGUAUGAUUCAGAAGCUGAAUACCGCCCACCCAGGAUUUGCCAAAGGUCACGCUUUCCACAUGAUAGCUAUGGCGGUGAUGCGUCUGAUACAGAUGUUCCAGAAAUCCGAGAUGAAGAAUCCUAUGCGCCUGAUACAGGUGGUACUCAUGAGUGGAAGCCAUCAAAUCCUGUUAGCAGGAGCAGCUCAGGGGCAUCAACAUCAAGAAAAUGUAUCUCUGCAUUGUCUGUAAAUGUAACCAGUGCAGAAAAUGUUGACAAAGUGCCUAAAUAUCCACAUGCAGAGAAGGCAUAUAAGAUUGUUUUGGCUGGAGACGCAGCUGUUGGAAAGUCAAGCUUUCUGAUGAGACUUUGUAAAAAUGAGUUCAGAGGAAACACAAGUGCCACUUUAGGAGUUGAUUUUCAAAUGAAGACGUUGGUUGUUGAUGGAGAGCCAACAAUCUUGCAGCUUUGGGACACAGCAGGUCAAGAAAGAUUUAGGAGCAUUGCAAAAUCCUAUUUUAGAAGAGCUGAUGGUGUUCUGCUUCUAUAUGAUGUAACGUGUGAGAAGAGCUUCCUGAAUGUGAGGGAAUGGAUAGACAUGAUUGAGGAUGCUACUAGUGAAACCAUUCCCAUCAUGAUGGUUGGAAAUAAAGCAGAUCUCAGACAGCUAAUGGCGGAACAAGGGAAUAUAUGUGUGUCAACAAACUAUGGAGAAAAGCUAUCCAGGACAUAUGGUGCUUUGUUCUGUGAAACCAGUGCCAAAGAAGGAUCAAACAUUGUUGAGGCAGUUCUUCAUCUUGCUCGAGAGGUGAGGAAGCGAUGUGACAACGAAGAUGACAGGGGUUCCGUUACCAAUCUUUCUGCCGCGAUUAGCAAAAAACCAGCCCAAAUGAAAAACUGCUGUAAUGUCUAGACUUUCCUGUUCUCAACAAAUUAGCCUUCUAGUGCCAUAGAAUGUCACUUGCGACAGCAUUUAGAUUGUACAUAAGCAAUACCUGCCAUUUCUGCUGCUUUCUCUUAUCUUUUUCCAGCCGUAUACACUACGCUUUGGCUUGUGUUUUCUGCAUACAGUACACCUUUUGGACGCACGGGCAAUACAACUGAUAAUAAAUAUUCUAAGUAUUUCCCAGCUUCAUGUGCUGUUUCAAAGUGCUUGUGAUCGCUCUCUUUUUUUUUUUUACAUCUAUUAUUUAUAAGUGUGACUUUAUAAGCUUCUUGGUUUUGUGCAAAUAACUAUUUGGGUUCCCAAGUAAUAUGUGAAAGUCUUUCAAUUUUUUUUAAAUUACGAGAUCCAUCUCACGCAUAAUUUAUUAAAGUCAUUUGUUUUGUUGAAA